CUUUUACACAUGGCUCCUAUAUACUAGAUGAACUUGUGUAAACCGUCAACAAUUGUUUACAUUUUUCUUAACAAAAAGGAACUUGUGUGAAGAUGUUUUAUCAGUGGCACUUAUUUAAAGUUUAUAAGCUCUUGAUAAUGUUUUUAUUUUUUUACACUCCAUGUUGCACUAAACAGAACAAAAGUAAAAACUGGUUACUUGUACACACACUGGCAAACAAAGCAUCUGUUAUUAGCUUGUAAAACAACUGUUUUUAUGAUGUUAUUUAUUAGAACAAAUAUUUUUGUUUAUUGUAGACUUUAUUUCUUUAUCAUUUCAGCAUUUGUCAUAUCAGAAGCCUGGGAGUUUUAUUUUUCCCAGAUGAUUGUAUUUCUUCAAGACUGUUUWUUCUGGGAAAUAAAUUAACUUUCUAAUGGAAAACAAAAUGUGUAUUCAUGUUWGAACUUGACAAACAGGAACAGCCUGUUUCUGACUUCUUUUGUUUUUAAACAAAAUGUGUGCCAGACAAAACAAAGCAGUCAUGAAACAGGAAGUGAUGGAGAUUAAAUGCCUUUCAGUAGAAAUUUACAAACGAACAAGUUUGUUUUMUGUAAGUAGAGCGGAGACAAAAAUACAAACCAUUGUUUGAACUGGUGUGUAUCAUGGAGAAUUUGGGGCUGAAUAUAUUGGUCUAUAUUGAGUCUCAGUCCUGACUUUAGAGGACCGUGCAGUGUUGUUUCAUCUGAAGAAGAUACUUAAUGUUGUAAUAUAAAAUAGACUCUUAGCUGCUUUUUUAUCCUCUAAACAACAACAUUGAGCAAAAUUUAGCCAAGCCUUUGCACUGUCCUCUGUUUCUUACACUUGAAGUCUUUUACGUUUGGAAGAUUGUGUUCUCAGGACCACUCCAGCUACUAUUGUUAUGCUUAAGAGGAGGGGGAGGUGACCAAGGACCCAGAUAAGAGUGGGGGAAGGUUUAAUGGUUAAACUGCAGUUGUGUGAAGAAAUCUACUGCUUUUUUUCAAAAUGGCUGYAGGUCAGAUUCAAGUUUCCAUGAGGCCAAACUUUUUCCACAUCUAUGGAGGUUUGCCAUGUAACUCUUUAAUGGCUGACUCUUGGUCAGACAGAACUCCCCUCCAUGAAGCAGCCUAUCAGGGCCGACUCCUUCAUCUCAAGUCUCUCAUCGCUCAGGGCUUCCAUGUGGACACACUCACCAUGGACAGGGUCUCUCCUCUCCAKGAGGCUUGUCUCGGUGGACAUUCUGUUUGUGCCAAGUUUCUGCUGGACAGUGGUGCAAAUGCAGAAGCAGUUUCAGCAGAUGGCGCCACCGCUCUCUUUAACUCCUGCAGCAGUGGAAGUGCUGCAUGUGUCAGACUGCUCUUACAGCGCGGUGCAUCCKUCCACACCUGCCACCUCUCUUCACCCAUCCACGAAGCAGCCAAAAAAGAUCACAGAGAGUGUCUGGAGCUGCUGCUGUCCUUUGGCGCUGCCGUUGACGUGGAGCUGCCAGAUGUGGGGACCCCUCUGUACGUGGCCUGCAGGGCCCGAGCUGCAGCAUGUGUAGAGCUGCUGCUACGCUCAGGUGCAGAUGUCCACCUUGGAUGUGGACAGGACAGUCCUUUACAUGCUGCAGCUCGAGCAGGAAAAUCAAACGUGGUUGAACUCUUGUUGGAUUUUUGCGCUGACCGGUCCUACAGAAACUCACACGGAAAGACACCUUUGGAUCUGUCGACGCCCAACAGCGCGGUCAGAUUAGCACUGCAGAAAAAAGGGCCCUGCUCUUUGUCUCAGCUAUGUCGUUUCUGCAUUCGCCGGAGCAUCGGACAGAAUCGGCUGCACAAAGCCUCCAACCUCUUCCUCCCUCUCAGCAUCAAGGACUUUCUCCUCUACCAAUAAGACGUGAGGCUGGCUGAUUCAUCCAUCACAUUUGUUGUGUUUUUUUGUCUUUAUCACUGACCUACAAAAGAAAAACCCAUAUUCAUUCAGAAAAUGGGACAUUUAUUUACAGCUGCUUUUACCUUUUAUUAUGCGCAAUUUUAGGAACUACUUAAACAAUUGGACAAACAAUUCACAUUAUUGUAUUUUAAAUAAAGCUGUCCAUUCAGUACCAAGAGGUCCUUUUCUGCCCAUUUUUAAUGUGAACUCAGCCACUUCAGUUGGUUUCUUGUUGAUCAUUUUCUACAUGUGUCAUAUAAAACCUUUGUAGCACUACAAAACGUGAAAAUAGGAAGAAAUAAUAAUGAAAGAUCUGGUUGCAGAAUUUUAAAAAAAUGAAACUUGGAGAACUGCCGACUGAGGGAAAUGUAAGUAUUGGAGAGGAAACGUCUGUUUUUCUGAUAUUUUGCUACCUGUGUUCACUGUUCUGAACAAUCAGACUGGAUACUGAAGGCUCUGUUUAUGCAUCUUUAUGAAUAAAAUGAGGAGGAGGAGUGCA